AUGGAUAGCUUCCUACUAGCUAUUAUGGCCCUGGAUCGCUGUGCUGCAGUAUGUCGACCUCUGCAUUACUACUCUAUCAUGAGUAGAAGGACAUGUGCCUGCCUGAUCACUUUGUCCUGGGUUAUUGUCUGCCUCCACUCAACCUUGUUCACAUUAAUGACAUUCUAUCUCCCAUUCUGUUCUUGGGUUGUUCAUCACUUCUUUUGUGAUGUGCCAGCCAUUCUACUGCUUUCCUGCAGAGAUACAUCUGCUCAACAAAUGGUUGUCUUUGUUGAAGGUUCAGUUAUUGUUAUGGGCCCCAUGUUGUUUAUUUUAGGCUCCUACAUUCUAAUCAUUAGAGCUGUGUUAAGGCUACGUACCCCCUCUGGAAGAAAUAGGACCUUCUCCACAUGUUCCUCUCACCUUACUGUUGUAGUAAUCUUCUACAGCUCUAUAAUUUUCAUGUAUUUUCGACCGAGUUCCCUUUACUCACCUGUGUAUGACAGAGGGGUCAGUGUGGUAUAUAGUGUCCUUACACCAGUGCUUAAUCCUCUUAUAUAUAGCCUAAGAAACAAAGAAGUUAAAGCAGCUGUAAAGGGGAUUCUACAUUGUGGAGAAAAGAAAAAGGGAAUCAAAGCAGGAAAGAGCUUGGGGAGAAGAACAUGGUUUUUGGCCUAG